GGGAAGACUUCCGUAGUGAAUCGAGUGAGCGUGACCCAAGGUUUGAUUCGAUUUUUAGUUGCAUUUAAUGCGUAUAAAUUUUAUCAAAAUGAAGCUCUUGAACGAAGGUUAACGGGGGGUGUUGUCUCGAGAGAAAGAACGCACGGUGUGACGACUGUGACUUGGGACGUUGUUGCACGGUGUCAGUCAACAGAAAAGGGGAACGGCAAUGUCUUUGCUUGAGGAUGCACUGGACGUGCUGCGCUUGGUGCUGGACUAUUUUGGAGUGCCUCCAGAAAUGCUGGUCCCAGUGUGGGACAGUCGGCUGUGUGGCCAGUAUCGCAGCGUCGUAAGAAUGAUCGGCUCCAACCUGCCUCUGACCCCCGCACCACGGGUGUACUUUCAGAUCCCGCUCCACACCUCCAGGCAGCACGCAUACUCCACGGAAAUUCCCGCCAUCCCAUCGUUCGCUGAUGUCCUGUGGGUACUUGAGGAUGAAGGGGAUACUUUUGCCAAGACCAGGCACCAUCUACCCCCGAAGACGCCCGGCAGCGUAGAAACCAGGAGGCCCCCGGUGCCGCAACCACGACCGGCGGAAGUGCAAAAGACGCAGCCUGAAGCCCUGCAGAAGAUCUCGGCGCUGGAGAGAGAGCUGGUCAGGCUGCGGGCUCAGAUCGCCGCCAUUGUUACCACCGCUGCAGCCACGGAUAUCCCUCACAAUGCUGCCGGAACACCACUGGCGUCACCCAUGCCGGCGGCAGCGCUCACGUCCACGCCUCGCUGUGCGCCCCCGCCACCACCUCCUCUUCCCCCGCUGCCGCCACCUCCUCUGUCAUCCUGUUCCAGCCCAUCAUCCGCCACCGAGCUGAUCCGACGGCGCAAGUGUCAUGGGAAGGACGCGGACAAGAAACGGCUCCGAGAUGUUCAAAGUUUGCCCUCCAUGUUGGAUGUGCUCAAAGACUUAAAUCAAGUCAAGUUGCGUUCUGUCGAGAGAUCGCCGGGUGGCACGCCGGUCCAGAGGAGGCGUAGGAUAGGAGGCGGGGCCGUCGCAAAGGACCCGGCGGCUCUGAUCGCCGAGGCUCUCAAGAGGAAGUUCGCGCAGCAUCGCCACAACAAUUCCUCGGACAAAGAGAAUUCCCUGGAAAGCUCACCGUUCGGAAGUCCGGACGCACCCAAGAUGUUCCACCACGCCGGACGCAGCCGGGCGCUUCUGCAUUUGUGCCCGUGUCCGCCGGAGCCUUGAAAAUCCUGCCUGGCGGGCUCCCACUGGUUCAGGUUACCGUUUUUAUUGGAUCUUUUUUUUUUUUUUUUUCCUCGUCUCUUUCACUUUGGAUGCCGCUCAUAAGAGCGGUCGCUUCACGGGGAACUUCAUCUUACGUUGUAUGUCAAGACUUGUGCAAUUUGUUGUACGGGACAGUUUGUUGUACGGGACAGUGAAUGUGGGUGCACAAGAGAUGAAACGCAUCAAAGAUUUCCUUUGAAGGUUGGUACGAAUGACGAAGUCUCCAAAGAUUGCUACGGUUUCAGUUCAAGUCGAUGCUUUGAAUCUUUUUGUGCUCGACCAGAUUUUGUGUUUAUUUACCGGCCUAGAGAAAGUAUUUUCACUCUUGUUCACUCUUGGGCCCCAAAGCACAUAUUUAUGUGAUGUUCUAUGCAGCUGUUGUCUUGGAUUUGUUUUACUUUAUUAAAAGAGUUUU